AUGGACCGUGGGUGGGACUCCCCUAUCUACGGUUUUUUCAAGCCCAUCCCUAAGAUCGCGGACAUCGACGGACGUCGUGUGCACGUCUUCGAGUGCAUGGCUAAAGGCUGUAUCAAAAAGGCUGUUAAUCGCUACAUCGACAAAGGCGACGCGACGUCAACUGGCAACAUGACAAGGCACGCAAAAAACUGCUUUGGCGAAGAUGCAGUGAAGCGCGUGGUCAAGGCCACGAUGACGCCUGGAGAGGUUCGUCAGCGCUUCGGCAAGAAUGCCUUGGAGAGUGGGGACGUCACCUCCUUCUUCGAGCGCAAGGGGAAGGGACCGGUGACAUACUCUCAUCGCCAGCACACCCGCACUGAGACACGGUAUUCACUACUGAAGACGGGCAGACCGGGAUACUGGAUCCCAUCCGCUUCAACGGUCGCGCGCGAUGUGAAGACCCUCUUCGCGCGCUCGCGCACUCGGAUCAGCCGUCUUCUUCGGGAGUACGAAGGACGACUUAGCAUAUCCACGGACUGCUGGUCGUCUCCAAAUGGGAAUGCCUUCAUGGCGGUUAUCGUGCACUUUGAGCAUGAUGGAGAGCCGCUCAGUAUGGUGCUCGACGUCGUUGAGGUGGCAAAAGUGCGUACCUUGAUGUUUUUCCCACCUCUCCAGUGUCCGCUGACCAUGGGAUCUGCUAGUCGCACACAGGUCAGACCCUCGGCGAAACUCAGAUUCGUAUCCUCUGCGAAUUUGGUAUCAAGGAAAUGGUGUGUUCCUCAGAAUGCGUACAAACAUAUGAAGAAGAAUGAUAAAACUACUCACACAGCUCCUUGGUGUCGCCUGUGA